GGCGGGGGCGGGGCGGCCCGAGGCGCAGGUGCGCAGGGGCAAUUGGACCCCGGGCGAAGACCAAGGCCGAAACCCGGAGGGAGGCGCCGGGCGUGGGGCUCAAGUUCGGUCCCCAGGGCCGGCAAGCGUCAGAUGAGUCCGCUGAUCGCCGGCGCCAACGGCUGUGUCCAAAGGAGUGGAUCCGGACGAACGGGUGCAGCGCCUCUUUAGCCUCGCCCCCUUCACCCCCCACGACCUCGCCCUCCACGACCUUAGCUCCCUCGCACCACCCAGCGCCAGCCCAUUGCGUCUCCCUGCCCCCGAGCGAAGCACCGAGAGCGUACGAGAGCGAACGAGCAAGAGCGAGAGCCGAGAGCGAGGCGGAGUGCGGAGUGCGAUUUCGAGGGUCGUCGUCGACAGUCGUCAUCGUCGCGAGGUCGGCGCUUUUCCUCGAGAAAACUGCAUGGGCCGAAUACAAGAGCAGAGCGAGACGAGGAUGAGAGGGCAGCAGCAGCAGCAAGGGCAGCGGGCUUCGGCGGCCGACGCCCCGACCUCGCCUCUCGUGAUCAAGUCGAAGCGCAAACUGAACGAGGGCGACAAGUCGAUGAAAUCGCCCGGCCUCAUCGACAAUACUCCCGGCCGCGACAGGAAGAAUUGGUCGGCCGGCGAGGAGAUGGACCUGGUGAAGGUGCUGCUCGACCACCGCAAGGAGGGGCGCGUGAUUCCUCUGCAGUCCAAGACCGCCACUUACUGGACGGAAUUGAUUACCAUUCUCUACCCCGGCGAGGGCGGCGUCACGCAGCGGCGCCUCUACGACAAAGUGCGCCGUAUGCAGCACAAAUUUAAUGAGAGCAAGCACUUGCUCGAAGAGAAGAAAGCGAACUGGAGAAACCCUCACGAGCGCACGCUCUUUGAGUACUGGGAGAAGAUUUUCCUAGAUGGCAGCGAUGGCAGCGCUGCGAGAGCCAGCGACCCCAAGCAGAAGUCGGCGAACCAGCAGCAGCAUGCCCACCACCAGCAGCCGCAGCAGAAGGCCACGAACGGCAAUGCUGUGAAGGUCGUGCAAGUCUCGGACUCGUCCUCGAGCGAGGAGGACGACGAUCACGACGAGGAAAUGAUCCCGCCUGCAGCGAAUGCCAUCCGCAAGCCCGGCCCUACGGCUCCUGCUCCCGGCGCCGCUGCUGCUCCACCCGCCGCCCCCAUGGAGCAGACCUCCGAGAGCGAGGGCGACGAGGAGGAGGAGGAGGAGGAGGAGGAGGACGACGAUGAAGGCUCCCCGGAGAAGAAGCGCGCUGUGCCGUCGUCGAACCCCGGCUCGCGGGUGGAGGCGAUUGGCGUCUCGGCCGAGGAACUGCGCAAGACGUCGUCCCCCGGCAAAGAUGGCAGCAAGCCCAAAGCGGCGGGGAAGCUGAUCUCGAAGCUGUCGGGAGGCAUGGCGAGAAAGGAGGCGGGCAAGACCCCCGUGCCGAAUGGGGAGAAAGGGCGGGCCAGAACGGAGGACGAGGCCGUCGAGGCGCUCAAGGCCGAGCUCUUCCAGUACGUGCAAGACCUGCGCAACGAUUGCAUGCAGCAACUGGACGAGGUGCGGAAUCAGCUGAUCAGCCCGGCGAGGAUGAAGCUCGCGCGGCGGCGACAGGAGCUCAUCCUCGAAGAGCUUUCUCUGCAGGAGAAGGAGCUCGAGAUCAGCCGGCGCUACUGCCGCCUGCAGAAGGAGGCCCUGAAGCUCCAGACUUCUGCCUAGGUAGGAUGUUCGUCUGUGCAUAGCAGUGUAGAUUUAGUUUUAGGAUUCAUCCCCAUCAUCAUGUAAAGCAUCUCCGACACUUUUCGUCGAUAGUCGACGACGGGUAGGGUAGAUCGGCCCAUCGGUGGCGGGAGGGGGGCCCUUGUAGAGAUCGAUCGCUGUCAAUGUUGCAGAUCUCCCAACGAUUGUCGCAGCAGCAGGAGCUUUGCCUCCACGAUUGCAAUGAUGACGGCUGGGCCCCCUACCUCCGAUGCGAGUCGAGGUCACGGGCUGCCGCACGCAAGCACCGCGUGCGUGCUUAGCACGAAUGGAACACUCUGCACUCUCUCUCUCUCUCCCUCUCUCUGUGUCCAUUCGGAUCGAUGUCACCGAGCUCUGUGAUCUGUACAGUACGUGGAAAGCGUAGUCAAAAUUCUCCAUCGGACGAACCGUCCCGAUGUAGAGGCAAUCUUGCACCUCUAGUCGGUCUUCCAUUCUGGUUUCUUGAUCGUUUCUGGUGUGUCGAACCGGAGCGAAGCUUUAUGGCCUGCAAUGUAAGAUUUAUGAAUCCUUUGAAUGAAGAAAUAUUCUGA